GCACCAGCAGCAGCAAUGGUCGACUUUUCUACCUUUGGAGCGAAGGAUGACCCCAACAACAUCAUGGGGAAACAGCGACCGACAACGCUUCAAAUCGAACUUUCGGUUGCGUUAGGAGUCUUCGCCUUUUUCACUUUCUGUGUGUUGCGGCCGCGCUGGAGCGGCUUGUACGCGGCGAGGAAGAAGUCCAAGGAUGCCUCUUCGUCUCUACCGGAACUGCCCAACAGUCUUCUGGGAUGGAUGUUGCCCUUAUGGCGCAUCACCGAACAACAAGUGCUCGCUUCGGCUGGUCUGGAUGCCUACGUCUUUCUUCGUUUCUUCAAACUGGCCAUCAAGUUCCUCUCCAUCACGCUCUUCUUCUCGCUGGUCGUCAUCAAGCCCGUACACGACAGCUACCCCGACGAUGACGAGAAGCAAAAGAACUCGACACUACCCUUUGUACCCGACUACGACUUCGACUACGAGCUCCGAAAAAGGAGCGAUUCAUGGAUGCCCCUAAACCACUCAGCGCCGUGGAUGCCCGAGGUCGAAACCGACUACCUGUGGAUGUACCCUGUCUUUGCCUAUGUCUUUACUGCCCUGGCCCUAUACCUCAUCACAUCCGAAACGCGCAACAUUAUUGAAGUACGCCAAGAAUACCUCGGCAGUCAGACCACCAUCACCGACCGCACCAUUCGUCUGUCGGGCAUUCCACCCGAGUUACAAUCCGAGGAGAAGAUUAAGGACUUUAUCCAAGAGCUUGGAAUCGGCAAUGUCGAGAGCGUCUUGCUGUGUCGCCAAUGGGCUGAAUUGGACCAACACAUUGUCAAGAGGAAUGAUUACCUCCGUCGCCUCGAAGAGGCCUAUACGGUUUACCAAGGUCAACGCUCCAUUGAGCGUAAUCUGGAAGCUCUGCCGAUUGCUCAGCCUGUGCCACCCGGCCCGUCUGUCGAUCCUGAAGACGACGAGCACGACGACGAAGAGCAUCGCCGCCUGCUCCGCUCCGGCGACUCGAUGCCGGCUCAGACUCCCUACGCCAGAGUCCGCCCAAAAGCCAAGAUCUACUUCGGCCGCUUCAACUUGCGUAGCCGUCAGGUCGAUGCAAUUGACUACUACGAGGAGAAGCUGCGCGUAAUAGAUGCCGAGAUCCGCGAUUUGCGCAACAAGGACUUUGAGCCCGUCCCUCUGGCCUUUGUCACCAUGGACACGGUUGCUGCUUCCCAAAUGGCCUGUCAAGCCGUCCUCGAUCCUUCGCCCUUACAGUUGCUCGCCAAUCCCAGCCCCGCCCCUGCCGACAUUGUAUGGACCAAUACUUAUCUUAGUAGGAGAAGUCGCAUGUUCCGCUCCUGGUCCAUCACUGCCUUCAUCUUGCUGCUGACCAUCUUCUGGUCUGUUACAUUUGUCCCCAUCGCCACCUUCUUGAACACCGACACCAUUCGCGAGUUCUUCCCCUCGUUUGCCGAACUUCUCGACUCGCAUCCCUUGGUUCAGUCUCUUGUCACCAACCAACUUCCCACCAUCGCCGUCACUCUGCUCAAUGCCAUCGUGCCCUAUCUGUACGACUGGCUCUCCAAUUGCCAAGGCAUGACCUCUCAAGGCGACGUUGAGCUCUCCGUCAUCUCCAAGAACUUCUUCUUCACCUUCUUCAACUUCUUCAUUGUCUUUACCAUCCUAGGAACCGCCUCCAACUUCUACGAUAAAUACAAAGACAUCGGAAAGAACCUCAGAGACACGACCAGGUUCGCAUGGACUCUUGCCUCUUCUCUGCAAAGGCUACUCGCUUUCUACACAAACUUCAUCAUUCUUCAAGGCCUUGGUCUGAUUCCGUUUAGGCUUCUGGAAUUUGGAACCAUGGCUUUGUAUCCUAUUGGUCUCAUGGGAGCCAAGACACCUAGAGACUACGCCGAACUCAUUCAACCUCCACGCUUCAGCUACGGCCUGUACCUCCCCCAGACAUUACUUAUCUUUAUCAUUUGCGUCGUCUACAGUGUCUUGCGAGACAGCUGGAAAGUCAUUCUUUCCGGUCUAGUCUACUUCGUCAUUGGUAGCUUUGUUUACAAGUACCAGCUACUCUAUGCCAUGGACCAUCGCCAGCAUUCCACUGGCAAGAGCUGGGUUAUGAUCUGUGAUCGUGUUCAGAUUGGUAUUAUUCUCUUCCAGAUCACCGUCGGUGGCCAGCUUGCCCUCAAGAAGGCCCUGCUAAGAAGUGUCAUGUUGGUUCCUCUCGUCGUUGGGAGUGUCUGGUUCUUUUACGUUUACGGACGAACUUACAAACCCUUGAUGGAAUUUAUUGCCCUCAAGAGUGUCAGAAGAGCUGAGCAUGCCGAUUAUGAAUCGGCAGAACUCCAAGGAUCCGACUCCGAUGACCAUCACCGUUACGAACGAGAGGCCAACCAUGGUCAGACAGUUGAUGAGUCGCGGGAACGCGGCAUGCGCUUUGUUAACCCUAGCCUUAUUUCUCCUCUCGAAAAGGUUUGGAUCGCAGACAUAAUAGCACACAACAACAACAACAGAGCCACCCAUAAUCCUCCUGGCGACGAGAUUGCUUAGCUUUUUUUUUUAAUCGAUACCCAUUUGUACAUAUAUGUAGUCUUUUGAACAUACAAAACCAUUCCAAG